UACUUUCCAGUCUGUAUUCAAAGUUCAGUCGUGCCGUUUUCUCCGGUGGAAAUAGGGUGGCUAUUCACAGGUCACUGCAUUUCAGGACACAAGGCACGUAAAUUGAAGAUUGAAAAGAUGAUGCAGGAAGCCCCACAGCAGCAUUUAAUGGGGGUUCCACCUGGCUUAGAAUAUCUUGCACAGAUUGAUCAGAUCUUGAUACACCAGAAAAUUGAGCUUUUGGAAGCCUUCACUGGCUUCGAGACCAACAACCAGUAUGAGAUUAAGAACAAUAUGGGGCAGCGGAUCUACAUGGCCAAAGAGCACAACGACUGCUGUACACGCAACUGCUGUGGCUCCCUGCGCCGCUUCAACCUGACCAUCAAAGACAACAGCGACAGGGAGGUCAUCCACCUGGUGCGUCCCUUCCGCUGCGCCAACUGCUGUUUCCCCUGCUGCUUGCAAGAGAUGGAAGUUCAAGCACCGGCAGGAACCACAAUAGGUUACGUGGUUCAGGACUGGCACGCUUGCCUGCCUAAAUUCUCCAUACAGGGAGCAUCCAGAGAAACACUGUUAAAGCUGGAGGGACCAUGCUUUGCCUGCAAUUGCUGCGGUGACGUCUCCUUUAAGCUGACAGGAAAGGACGGGCACUCGAUUGGACGAAUCAGCAAGCAGUGGAGCGGGCUUGUGAAGGAGGUCUUCACCGACACAGACAACUUCGGAAUUCAGUUUCCAGUGGACCUGGACGUCAAGAUGAAGGCUGUGCUCAUGGGCGCUUGCUUCCUCAUUGAUUUCAUGUUCUUUGAGAGGGUUGGAGAUGGCCAUCAGCGGUUCUCUGUCUUUUCAUGACAGAGAGAAAGAUGGAUGUGUGAAAGAUUUACACAAGUGGUAACUAAAUGGUUUCCCUCUCUGUAUAUAUACAGAAACCUAAAAAUCUACUAUUUCAUUUUAAUUGCAUUAAUAUUUCCCCUCCUUCCCAAUCUAUUUUCUGUUUCUCUCAGUAAGCACAUAUGCCAUCAUUUCAGUUUAGCACCAUGUGUGUCACCAUGGCCAAGAGCAAUUGGUUAAUUAUGACAAUCAAACAUGUCAAUAUAAUCUUUUUGUAUAAUGUAUAACUGCAAUUUCAUUUAAUGAUUGUCCAAGAAAAGACUCAUUCAAUUUCACUAGAAACAUGAAUUGAUAUUUAAUUACUGAAAUAUAUAGUAUAAUUUGUUUGGGGUCAAAUUUUAAUAAACGCAAAAUUAUUGCAAAAUAAAGAAACACAAAAA